AAUCUUGCAGUUACUCGUCGCGCCCUCAGCAGAGAGGAUGAAGGUGUCAGCGCUCCUCCUUUUCAGCCUCUUCUGCCAUGGCCACGCUGUGCUCAAAGGUGCGCCAGACAUCAGGAGUCACCAUCUACAAGGAUUCGUUGAGGUUAGCAAAUCAGUUGUAGCAUCCUUGGUUCAAUGUGGAACGUCCAUUGGUCACUUCCUUGACGAGACUCGCUGCGACAGCUACUACUUGUGCCAUGAGGGCAGGAAGCUCCACCAAGUGUGUCCUGAGGGGAUGCUGUACAACCCCGAGGCGCCCUCCAACACUUACCCCUGUGAGGACGCGGCCAACGUGACCUGUGAUCUUCCUCCCAUCGUAAUAUGGAUAACAUAUCGGUGUUCUGCAACGGGGAUGGCUCACACCCACAACAUGAGUCACUGCGACGGGUACUACCUUUGCCUUGAGGGCGUGGGCAGCCACCAGCUGUGUCCCGAAGGGAUGCUGUACAACCGCGAGGCGCCCUCCAACACUUACCCCUGUGAGGACGCGGCCAACGUGACCUGUGACCUCCCGUCCAUAGACCCACUCACACAACAAACCGUGUAUGUUUAUAGAGAACCAACAGUCUAUAACGAAACAGAAUACUAUGACGGAACGGAAUACUAUGACGAUACAGAAUACACCAACGAAGCAGAAUACAACAACCAAACAGAAUACUAUGACAAGACAGAAGAAACAGAAACACCUGUGUGUCCUGCAACGGGCAUCGAUCACUUUGUUAACAAAACUCGCUGCGAUGGCUACUACCUGUGUCUUGAGGGCGUGGGCAGCCACCAUCUGUGUCCCCAGGGGAUGCUGUACAACCCCGACGCGCCCUCCAGCACAUUUUACCCAUGUGAGGACGCGGCCAACGUGACCUGUGACCUCCCGCUCAUAGUUUGUCCACCGCCUGGGCCCCCGGGCCCACCAGGUCCACCAGGCCCACGGAGCACACGGGGGCAGCAGGAGCCGCCAGGACCGUCAUCGGUGUGUCCAAUGCCGCCAACGGUGCGUCCAAUACCGCCUAAUCUGACGCCAGUAUGUCCCGACUCUUUUGCACAACAUCUUCCUGCACCUGACAGUUGCAACUCCUUCUACGAGUGUCGCGGGGGCGUGGCUGAGCGACGAGAGUGUCCCGGUGAUCUACUCUACAAUGCCGCCAGUCCACCCACUCGCUUUCCCUGCGACUACUUCUACAAUGUUGUGUGUGGCGUAUCGCCUGCACCUCCCAGUGGAUUCUUCUCCCAGCAGCAGCAGCAGAAGCGGCAGCAGCAGGGAGACCAUGAAUUGGACCAGCCGAAGAUCUUCAACUUUUACACCUACGUGACGAACAAUUGGUAGCCAUCGUCACCGCCGCCGACGUGGUCACUCCCUUAGGCUCCUGCUGGCGGCCUUCGCAACGUAUGACCAGUAGCCUGACGAGUCAUCUGGUGGGCUAGGCGCUCACAACCUUGUGAUAGCCUUUAGGGCUUCUGUGUAUUCAUUUUAUAUUAUACAGUAU